UAAACCACUCGUAAACACAGAACGAUAAAGUUUUUAACUAAUACGGGAUUUUAAGAAAUACUUGAUAUCUGUAAACUUUUUACUGCUUAUAUGUAAUAACCUAUGUAGUGUGUGUUUAUAACCUUAUUAAACUAAGAAACAGUUUGAAAAUGAGUACUACAAGAAAUCAACGGAAACCGAAACCUUUCAAUUCCCCUUGUGCACCGGUAGCACCUAAGCGAAUAGAAAAUUCUUGGAUUUUACUUCUUCCAGAUCACCUGUUUGAAAAUGACAAUUUCAGUAUUAUUACACUGCCUCAUCCAGCUAAUGGCAACCCAGCAAAAUUCAGUCUAAAUAGUAAACUCAAGAAAAUAUAUGAGGUUGUGACAUUCAAAGAACCUUAUAGAUCAUGGUUUAUUGGAGAAACUGUAAAAUCCAACGGAAGCAUUCAUUUGGUGACUCCAGUGAAUCCUUUAUUUUUAGUCCUACCUCGCUUAAGAGAACUAUGUAGAAGCAGAGCCAUGCCUCUUGAAGAUUUACUGUCAGAAAAGGGAUUUGAGAAGAUAGUUGAUUAUGUGAACAAUUUGGAUUGUAUUGGUGAUAUUAAAGGAUCUCCAGAUAUGAAAGCAUAUAAAUACAAUGAAGAAAAGACCCUAUCUUGGCUAGAGGGGAAGGUGAGACAAUUAGCAGGGGUAUUGAGAAGUAAGAAUAUACAUGUGACAUCAGCCGCUGCCUCCGUUACAUUUGUUACGAGUAAUAUUUGCAACCAAAGUGUGGAUGAAGAAUUUUUCCUAAAAUAUGCCAGCGGAAUCAUAUCAGAAUAUCUAGAAAGCGAACUCAUUGAACAGCUAGAAAAACGGUUUGACUUUAAACCAGAUUUAAUAGAAUCUGUUGGAAAGAAAAGAAAAUCAGACACACAACAAACAAUGCCUAAUAAAAAAUUAAAAAGUGAAACUGAUGAAGACAUCAAACAUGUUCUAAAUGAUUCAAAUCCAAGUAUAAAUGAUUGGAAAGAACUAAAAAAACAAAAACCACUGACAGCUAAAGAGAAAGCUAGACAAAAGGCGGCUAGUGGAACCAAAACUAUAUCUGCAUUUUUUUCCAAGAAAUGACAAUAAAUUGUUUCUUUUUUUAUUUU